AUUCCUCAAAGCAAUUUAAAACACAAGUUUUCCAUUUUCCAAACCAAAUAAGCAUUGAAUAUGGCAGGUAUUGCAUCCGGCAUCUGCAACCUUGCUGUUGGCGAUAAUCGACGACGACCAUUGCAACCACAAUCUUCUCCUCCUCCUCCUCCUGCGCCGCAACAGUCAUCAGAAGAGUUCGCCUAUUCAAAUAGUGCAAGGCAAAAUAUAAAAGGUCUUACAAAUCAAACUGGCUAUGUCAAGGGAAAUGCUAAUGGAGUUAUCAACUUUGGUACCUUGACAUCCUCUGCUGCUCAGAGGCAAUCAUGAAUGAUUAAUACUUUAAUAACAUGCAUUGGUCAAUAUUAAUUUAUAGCAAGCUAUGUGGAGGCAACUCAAUAUAAUUUAUUUACUAAAUAAAUGUGUUGCCUAUCAUUUUAAUGUGCAUGUUACUCGUAAUAUAUAUAUGUAUAUACAAUAAAAUGUGGAUGGAAUUCUCAAAUAUCAAUUAUGGUUUCAUAUCGAAAAGAAUGUCAAUUAAGGGCCUUCAAACUUAAUUGUUCAAA